ACUCAUGUAUUUAUGUAUUCGUUUUCAGUCAGAUGUGUAAAGUUUUGCUUUAAAUACAAAUAUAUAUGUGUCGUUUUCUUACAGGUUUUCUCACAGCGCCUUGGUUGGAGUAAUAAGGUGUCGCGCAUAUGGGGGGUGUCGAGCGCGCGCGCGUUCACGGCAGCAUUAUCACGCGCAGCAUCUUUCGCCCACCGACAUCACUUCAUUUCACUUCAUUCGGACUUAUUCAUCUCAAGAAGAGAUUGUUAUAUAAUCGCAUCUGACUUACUGCAGCACUGUGACGAUCUUACUGCCGCUCGCGUGACGCGUUUCCAUGGAAAAUGGCGAGAUGGGCUCACGCGUGGAUGAUGGUGAUGGUCGUGUUCAGCGGAUCGUGGACCGCAGUGGAUGCGCUCACAUUUCCACAGCAUUACACGAUGAUGCACUGGGCAAGACGCAUCGAACAAGAGAUUGACAGAGUCCUGCAACACAUCAGUGGAGCUCAACAACUAAAGGGGAUCUACAAUGAGAAGAGAAGACAGUUCAGUCUGGUGAGAAAUAAUCCACGAGAUAUUGUUGAGAAAGUGGCCACGGAUAUCGAGAGACUGCUGGCAAAAAAACGCAAAGCACUAGAGAAACUGGCGAGUGAAGCGGAGCGUCUUCAGAAAGAUCAUCACUGGGAGGAUGGCAUCAAGGAAGAGAAUAUUGAAUAUUAUAAUUCUAAAGCAGAGAUGGAUUACGAUGGUGAGGACAUUGAUUCUCAGAUGUCAUUAAAACUGGAGUUUGUGUACGACCCAAACUUCAAAAACCAUGUGAAUUACUCCCAUACCGCGGUACAGAUCCCGACGGACAUCUACAAAGGCGCUCCUGUAAUACUGAAUGAACUCAGCUGGACUCAAGCAUUAGAGAGAGUCUUUAUGGAGAACAGCAGAGAUGAUCCAUCACUGCUCUGGCAAGCGUUUGGGAGCGCCACUGGGGUUACAAGAUAUUACCCAGCGGCUCCUUGGAGAGCUCCGGAUAAGAUUGACCUUUACGAUGUACGACGAAGACCCUGGUAUAUUCAAGGAGCUUCAUCACCUAAAGAUAUGGUGAUACUGGUGGACGUGAGUGGAAGUGUUAGUGGACUCACACUGAAACUCAUCAAAGCGUCCGUCACUGAAAUGUUGGACACGCUGUCUGAUGACGAUUACGUCAAUGUCGCCAGGUUUAAUGAGAAGGCGGAGGCAGUGGUUCCCUGUUUCAAGCACCUGGUUCAAGCAAACGUGCGUAACAAGAAGAUCUUUAAAGAAGCUGUGCAGCAGAUGCAGGCUAAAGGAACCACAGACUAUAAAUCUGGAUUUCACUUCGCUUUCAAUCAGUUACUAAAUCAGACAAAUGUUCCCCGAGCCAACUGUAAUAAAAUCAUCAUGUUAUUCACUGAUGGUGGAGAGGACCGAGCUCAGGACAUCUUUGAGCAGUACAACUGGCCCAAUAAAACGGUCCGUGUUUUCACGUUCUCAGUGGGACAGCACAAUUAUGAUGUCACUCCGCUCCAGUGGAUCGCCUGUGCUAAUAAGGGAUACUAUUUUGAGAUCCGCUCCAUCUGUGCUAUACGGAUUAACACCCAGGAAUAUCUUGACGUUCUGGGUCGCCCCAUGGUUUUGGCAGGCCAGAGUGCCAAACAGGUGCAGUGGACCAACGUCUACCAGGACGCGCUGGGUCUGGGACUCGUGGUGACCGGGACGAUGCCCGUCUUUAAUCUCACAAUGGAUGGAAAGUCUCAGAAUCAGCUGAUCUUAGGUGUGAUGGGCGUCGAUGUUCAUCUGGAUGAGCUGAAGCGUCUGACACCUCAAUACAGGUUGGGAGCUAAUGGAUACAUCUUCGCCAUUGACCCGAACGGAUACGUGCUUCUCCAUCCGAACCUGCAGCCGCGGGAGGAGGAUUUACCAGAGCCGGUAACACUGGACUUUCUGGAUGCUGAAGUAGAGGAUAACAGUAAACAAGAGAUUCGCCGGCAGAUGAUUGAUGGACGAUCAGGAGAGAUGACCAUCAGAACCCUUAUUAAAUCAAUGAAUGAGCGUUACAUUGAUGAUGUUGUACGGAUGUACACGUGGACCCCUAUCAAUGAUACAGAUUACAGUCUGGGUUUGGUACUGCCCCCCUACAGUGAAUAUUACAUACAAGCAGAUCUCAGUGAUGUCAUGCUACAACUUCAGUAUUUACAGUCGCUGCUGCCGAAUUCUUUCGAGUCUGCGGGUCAUGUGUUUCUGGCACCUAGAGAAUACUGUAAACGUCUGCAGAUGGCAGAGAACAACACACAGUUUCUGGCUGAUUUCUUGUCUCUUAUGGUGGAGAUCACACCUGAAUCUGAAGACUGUGAUCAAGGUAUGAUCCAUAAUCUGAUUCUUGAUUCUGGGAUCCUCUGGCAGCUGGCCACACGUGUCUGGCAAAACAAAGAUCUCAACACGUAUGGAUUUCUGGCCCUGUUUGCCUGCACCAAUGGAGGCGUUACUCGCGUUUACCCUAAUAUGGCGGCGGAGACAUGGGACGAAGAUCCUGAACCACUGAACUCAAACUUUUACCGUCGCAGUCUGGACAACAAAGGUUACAUGUUCAGAGCCCCAACACGAACAUCGAUGGAUGAUACGAUAAUUUCAGAGAACGGUACUGUAGGGAUUCUUGUUACCACUGCUGUGGAGGUCGUGAUUGGAGGAAAAACCAUGAAACCUGCAGUGGUUGGUGUUAAGCUAGAUUUAGAGGCCUGGGUGGACAAGUUCAAGAUUCUGGCUAGUAACGUGUCAGACAGCAGACAGGCUUCACAUAAGUGCGGCCCAUCCAGAUCCUGUGAGAUGGAUUGUGAAGUGAACAGUGAUGAUUUGCUCUGUUAUCUUAUCGACGAUGGAGGUUUUCUGGUGAUGUCCAAUCAGAGGGAUCAUUGGAAGAAGGUGGGGUUGUUUUUCGGUGAGGUCGACCCUUAUCUGAUGUACGCCCUCUACAACAACUCCAUCUAUGCCCGACACCAAACCUUCCAGUAUCAGUCGGCAUGCGAACCCACAGCCAGCAGUCACACCGGAGCGGCACACAGACACUUCUAUGUGCCAUCCAUUGCUGAUGUUUUGAGUUUGGCCUGGUGGACGUCGGCAGCUGCAUGGUCCCUUUUACAGCAGUUUCUGUAUGGACUUAUAUACAGCAGCUGGUACAGCACAGGUGUGUUUGCAGAGAGCUUCGAAACUAAAGGCAGCAGCAGUUGUGUGACCGUUCACAGUCAGUUUUAUUUCACCAACACCACAAACUCAUUCAAUGUACUGCAGGACUGUGGAAACUGCUCCAGGUUGUUUCAUGCCAAGCGUAUAGAAAACACAAACCUGCUGUUCGUAGUAGCUGAGACGCUGCCUUGUAGCUCCUGUGAGAUCGAGAAACUGCUUCCUGUACGAACAAAGUCUCAAGAGGAGAACCCGUGUGAUGUGUUGAACUCUGCACGCUACAGGAAAGGACCAGAUAAAUGUUUCGACUACAACGCUGAGGAGAACCCAUCAGAGUGUGGCAACGCCCACUCUUUACACUGUCCAAUCAGAGUUCUGCUCUCGAUUCAGUUGUUGUUGCUUUAUCUCGUUCUACGCUCUUAAUCCAGGUCUUCUUCUUCACUGCCUUUGUCUUCAUGUCCCUCAUCUGCCUGUUCUUUGCUGAUGUUCUCCUGGUUUUCCUCGUAUGGUGUAUCCAGCUGUGUGCCAUUACAGCAGAGCUGUUCAUCAUAGGAAAACAACCAUGAUAUUACAUGUGCAGAUCCAAAACAACUGUCUUAACUUGUUUCAUCUUUGUAAUUCAGAAAAUAACGAAGAUAAAAACCUGUUGCCAUCAAAAAAAUUUUGCUUGCCAAAUCCAGAAACGGGACAGGACCUGAUUUAUUUUGAACUACGAAACCGCAACUGAGAUUUGACUUUGUCAUCAUCACAGUCUCAGAGUCUGUGUUUGUGUCUCGCUUCACUUGGAUUUAGUGCCAAACCCAGCAAAUCCAGACAUAUGUGGAUAUUUAUACUGGGGACUAGUGGCUUUUCCUCAGAUAUUUUUUGAAGCUUCCUUGCUAGGAGAAGAGGAAUAACGUUUAAUGUUAGGAGGAGAGUUUGAUUCAGUUUGAUUUAUUUAAAGCUUGUUGAAUGUUUUCAUUCGCUGCCUGGUUUGUUAUCCACUGAUGCCUUGAGCACUUAUCUAAAUGGACCAACUUUAAAGGCUGUUUCACAUGGUACGUGGCAAGUGGCGGAAUCGCCACGCGGCUACAGCUAUUCUUGUGCAAAUUCUUGUAUCUUCAACGGUGCCUGCAGUGAAGAGCAGUGCCCUUAAAUGGGACAGUUUUUUGGGGGUGCACAGGCAAGGCGUGUGGACCAACUCCUUUUCACCUCUGUAACCACCCCUGUUUUUCCGCUUUCCGCACGUCUCCUAUUGAAAAAGAACUCGUACCGUGUGAAACGCCCAUUACACUGAUGUGUAUUUAACAGACCUUGAGAGAACGCUUCAUAAAGACACGUUCCUGAAUGUUAUCUUAGAUAUCUUUUGCUUAAAGUUUAAAGGUGAAUAUAAGAAAACCUGCCAAGAACAUGCCCAGGUCAUGUUUUUUCCAAAAUUAAAGGAGACAUAUCAUGAAAAUCUGACUUUUCCAUGUCAAAAGUGGUAAAAUUGGGUCCCAGUGCUUCUGUCAACCUAGAAAAUGUGAUAAAGAUCAACCCAGUAACUUGGUUUUGGUAAACUAUUCUCUGCAAGCAUGUGAAAAAAUAGGUCAUUGAAAUUUGGCUCCUCUAGUGAUGUCAGAAGGGGAUCUUAUUAUAAUAAUACCGCCCCUUAAUUUGCACUAUCCAACCACGGCACUGCCAUUUAAUGCAGAGAGAGAAAGAGAGAGAAAAAAAUUGACAGGACAAUUUAGUUUUAAUUUCAACAAACCAUUAGGGCGAUCAGUGUUUGCUUUAAGGAGACACAUCAUGAAAAUUUGACUUUCCAUGUUUAAGUGAUAUAAUUGGUCCCCAUUGGUGCUUCUAACAACCUAGAAAAACUAAUAAAAGAACUAACCAGUAACUUCGUUUUGGUAAAUCAUUCCCUGCAAACAUGUGAAAAAAUAGCUCAUUAAAAAUGUGGCUCCCCGAUGUCAGAAGGGGAUCUUAUUAUAAUAAUACCGCCCCUUAAUUUGCACUAUUCAGCCACAGCACCGUCAUUUAAUGCAGAGAUAGGAAAAAAUUGAAAGGACCAUUUAGUUUUAAUUUCAACAAACCACCAUUAUGGCGAUCAGUGUUUGUUUUAAAGGGGACACAUCAUGAAAAUUUGACUUUCUAUGUUUAGGUGCUAUAGCAAUGAAAAAACUAACCAGUAACUUAGUUUCGGUAAAUCAUUCUCUGCAAGCAUGUGAAAAAAAUUGCUAAUUGAAAUUUGACUGAACUUGUGAGAUGUUAGAAGGGGAUCUUAUUAUUAUAAUAACGCCCCUUAUUCUGCACUACCCAACCACGGCACUGCCAUUUAGUGCAGAGAGAGAGAGAGAAAAUAAUUAACAACACAAUUUAGCUUUAAUUUCAACAAACCACCAUUAUGUCGAUCAGUGUUUGUUUUAAAGGUGACACAUAGUGAAAAUGUGACUUUUUCCAUGUUUAAGUGCUAUCAUUGGUCCCCAGUGUGUCUAUUAAUUAUUUAGUGCAGAGAGAGAGAGAGAAAAUAAUUAACAACACAAUUGAGUUUCAAUUUCAACAAACCACCUUUAUGGCAAUCAGUGUUUGCAUCAGCUCAACUGCAUUUAAAUGGACAGAUCCAAAACGCAAAAAAAAUUUGCUCACACCUACAAAGGUGUACAAUUUUAACACAUUGUAGUAAAUGAUCUGUGGGGUAUAUUGAGCUUAAACUUAACAUACCUACCCUGGGGAUACCAAAGAUUUAUCCCUUUGAAAUGUCUCCUUUAAAUAAAACAAGAAAUUGUACUUUGCAUAAAGAUUUAAGAUUUGUUUUAAUGACAGUCAACCACAUUGUCUCAAAAUGUGAAAAUUUUUAUAAUUACUGUACUGUAGAUUUUUGCAUCUUUAAUGCAUUAAAUUCAAACUUUUUUAUGUUGCAGUCAUUUUUAAGUUUAACAGUAAAAAUACAUAAGUGUUAAAAAUAAGCUUAAUUUCUUUUAUUCAAAUAAUACUUCUUGGUUUUGAUGUGGGAUGUCUGAACUGGUCAUGUUCUUGAUAAGAUUAACCCGAGCAUGUGAUGUAGUGUUUUAGAGUUUUAUUGAUAUAGACUUUCUCUUUGUUUUUGUAAAUAUGUUGAUUUUACUCUGAGUAUUAAGUUUUUACUUCAGCGUCUUUAAAUGGAAUGGAAUACAAGCUGAUGCUUUGCUGUCCCGCUGCAUGCUGGGAAAUAAUACCUGCUAUUAAAUCUGCUUAUAUCAGGAUAUUUACUGCUUUACUGACAGAAAACUGCUUCAAUUUGACCAACCAAAAUGUUUUAUUUUGUCUUAUUGAGUUCAGAAAAGUUAUUGAAAGAUUGAUAUUUAUUUAUCUCGUUCGACUUCAGAGAUGCAGUAUAUGAGUAUAGGCUAUUGCUUGUAAAAUUGAUCAGGUUUAUACUUUGGAAACAUUUUGGUUUUUAAAUUCAAAUGUUUUGUUGCUUUUUAGUGAUCGUAAGUAUUUUAAAGGUCCGUUUAGAGAGAUAUUUUCAAUUUUGAAAGUUAUGUUGAUUGUAUUCCCAAUUGGUCGCCCUUCCGAAAUGACUGUACUCUCAGAUCACUCAGAUCAGACCAGGUCGAGUUUGGACCGAUUGUCUUUGGCUUGAUGUGUUUUGUAUCGUAAUGGCUUAAGCAAUACUUUGAAAUAUGUUAAAUACGCUGAAAUGACUUUGUGUAAAGAGAGCAUGACAAGCUUAUUUUUCAUGACUACUUAAAUCAUAUCUUUAAAUAAUCUCUUAAUGUUUGUAUUUGAGCUAUCAGUAUUAUUUAAUGCAAAGAAGAGUAUUUAAUUUUUGCGUUUAUGUAAAAAUCUCUGUGUUGCCAUGGAUUUAUUAUGAAUAGGAAUGUUUCAAUUAUAAAUUUUAUUGGGUAGUUCUGCAGAUGUUUGUUAUCAAUGUGAAAGGGAUUUUUUCUCUUUCUGCAGUCUUCCAUAUCACUUCAUUUUGUACAGAUGGCACAGCUUUAUCAAGAAAGUCUAACUUUGUAUCAUUGUGUCUUUUACUUCUGGGAAAUGUUUAUAAGAGAAUUGGUGAGAUAAAGACAUUCAUAUUUUUCACGUCAA